AUGACUGCCAGCGCGCAGUUCCAGCUUUUCCCAUCCCCGGCCAAGAACAAAAAGAACCCUUUUCGGACCACAUUGAAGAAACAAGAGCAGUCCCCAGUCAGCCCCUUGUCUGCAACAGAGUCCAAAUCGGGCAUUCAGGCCGAGUCUGUGAUUAUUCAGAUCGUCGAGGAUACGAAGACCGUGGAUAUUAAAGCACCACCGAAAGCUCACGUCACAGGAGGGGCCCCUCCCACAACGACGACAGAAAACACAUACAAUCAAGACAGCAACAGUCCAUCAAGACAAGGAACCUCGCCAAGUUUAUCACAAGGACAGACAUUGCGACCUGCCAAUAACCAGCAGCGCCGCGCUUCACCCGUGUCUCCAGGCAUGCCAAUCCGGUCAAUGUUUCCGCAAUACGACCCCAAUCUGCCACUGAAUGAACAGCCAUACUUUCCUCAGACCGGAAAUGCAGACAAAACGACCGGUCCGAGUGGCAGUGGCUCUGGAAGGCCUGAAAACACAAUGGCAGUUCCACAGGCUGAGGUCGACGUCCUUCUCGGGCCCAAGACAGUGCCGGCGAGCGUGCUAAACUUUCCCUCGGAUGAACUCAGCCCUCGCAUGCAGUACUCGACCGCUGAGGAUUUGCUGACGUUGUGGGAAUCAGCAAAUGGGCAGCAGUUGCAGGAGUCACUAGGAACUUUUAACUUGCGGGCCGAGAGAACUGACACUGCCACCUUCACUUUUGGUGACCCGCAAUUGCCAUUCUACACACUACAAGCAAGCACAAACGGACUUUCGGUCAUGCGAAAUCACCCGUUCAAAGCCAACCGUGGCGUCCAAGUUAUGGCACUGGCCUUUGAAGACCCUGGUCGUCGCCAGCCACCUCAUGACGGGCUAGUUACUGUCAUUUUCUCCAAGCUUGCCGCCAUGCUCGCCGUCGAACAAGCAGCAGAACUGACCCGGCAACACCGCCUGGCUCCAUCUGAGGCUGUAGAAGUCGAGACACACGCCGUCACUCGCGCCGCAUCGCAAGAGUCCUGCCGACUGAUUUGGAACGAGCGACAAAACCGCUACGAACUGCAACACCCAUCGCUGCUCAAACAACACUCGCCAGAACUUCUCGGCGACGACGGGAACCCGCUUUCGCGUGUGCAAACCAAGAAACCGGGCAUCUUGCACAUCUCAGUCUCGCCGUCUUCGGACAGCGAGAGCCUGCAACCGCCCACUAUCGUCGUGACAUGUCCGACUCCUCCGAACAACGUACGAGCGGCAGAUACGGCAGCAACCCCACGCACUUCAACACUUCCUCAAGCUGACAACGACGAACCACUGGCCUGGUUCGACCUCGGCACGAUGAGUCUUUCCAUCUGUGCCGGCCUGACGACGAGGAUUAUCCCGUCCCUGUACGCCAUUGAUUCCUUGGUUGCUGCGAUUCUGACUGUAGCCGUCACCGACCCGGCGACAAACCCUAUACUAGCCAACACAGAAAUGUACGUCCCCAGCCUUGGAACACCGCGGACACCACCGGGUUCCGGCGGCAAUUCAAGUCGCAAGAAUCGUAUCCGCGCCUCCAUUGCAACCACCGCACAAAGGACAAAUGCCAGUUUCUCCGGCAAACUCUUCGCCACCUUGGCAGAGCGCGAGGACGCGGAAGAAGAGGCCAAACUGAUGGCCCAGAUCCGCGCCAGCGAAGCAAAAGAGAAAAAGUCAAAGGACAAGAAGAAAUCCCGAGGCGGUUUCUCACUUUUCCGGAAAAAAGAGAAGAAAACCACCACCCAAAAGCCCAAGCAAAUCGUGGUCGAGGAGUUUGAUCUUGAAAAAUACGGACAUUUUGGGAAGGAGUCAAGCAGACAGGGAGACGAAUUGCCGGGAGUUGCGAGGGUUCUUGUUAGUAUGCUCGUGUUUGGGCUAGAGUUGGUAGUGACUGUCUUGUCGGCGGGAGUCAAGUGCGCAGUGUGGAUGGUGGUGAAUUUGACGAGAUGUGUAACGAGUGAGAAGUUUUGA